AGAGUCAAGCGAACGCCGAACGUCAGAGUCAGUCAGCUGUUGGCCGUUAUCGGGUCUACAUGUGCCAUUCCCUCUCUCUCACUCUCUCGUGCGCGCGUUUUCGAUCCGAAGCCUCCGUCUCCAAAGACUUUCGUUAUUCAUUUUUAUUCGUUAUAAAACUGUGAUUGGACUUGCUCGUCUAUUGUAGUCUGAAAGUUACACGUCUCCUGCUGCUGCUGCUGGUGCAGUAGUUUGAAAGCCGCCGAACGAGACACUUCGGUGUUUUCAGUAAAACAGUGUUAAAAUCAUUUGCGGCCGAGAGCUUGAGGUGGGAAAAAGGGUCAGCUCUCGUUGAAAAAGAGAAAUUUAGCGUGAAUUGCCUUUCAUUUUAUUCUUAUUCUACAUAACGGUGUGUUGUGUCUGUGAUUUAAUCCAGGGAGGUGCCUAACGGUAUAUAUAUUAUACAUACUAUUACCCCCUUGUCAGCAAUGGGCGUCAAGCAUGUUUUCCUGUACGUAACGUGCGUGGUGGGGUUCUUGGCGUACGUAAGUGCCAAUACGCCGACGGAAGCUCACCCUCACGUGGGUACGACUCCCAGGAGUAGUGGUGGUAACAGUUUACAUGGCUCUGAAGGAGGGGGCGGAGGAGGAGGAACUGGGCAUCAUAACACAGGAGCCCCGAGCGUCAGCCCUGCGGAACACCACGGAACGGGGGACGAUGCCCACGGUAGCGGACAUGGCGCAGAGGGCCACGGAGGCGCUGGUGGGCAUGGCGAAGAGGGCCACGCUGGUGGUGGGCAUGGCGGAGACCAUGGUGGUCAUGGUGACCCCAACAAGAGGUAUCCCGUGGCCGUCAUAGACUUCGAAAGAGUUCAGACGCCCUUCAUCAUCAGCCUAUGGAUCUUCUGCGCUUGUCUUGGGAAAAUAGGCUUCCACUUGACGGCGAAGCUGUCGGCCGUCUUCCCGGAGUCAUGUCUGCUCAUCGUGCUGGGCGUGAUCAUCGGUGCCCUCCUGUUCUACACGAAGGCGGCAUCGGUCUCCCCGCUGACCGUCGACGUCUUCUUCCUGUACAUGCUGCCGCCCAUCAUCCUCGACGCCGGAUACUUUAUGCCCAACAGACUGUUCUUCGAUCACCUGGGCACGAUUCUGGUCUUCGCCGUCAUAGGCACCGUUUGGAACACGAUGACCAUCGGAAUCUCUCUGUACGCCCUGGGCCUGACGGGACUCUUCGGAGUCGAGAUUCCUAUCCUGCCCAUGCUGCUGUUCUCAGCCCUCAUCUCGGCUGUGGACCCGGUGGCCGUGUUGGCUGUCUUCGAGGAAAUCCACGUGGAGGAGGUCCUCUAUAUCCUCGUGUUCGGAGAGUCGCUUCUCAACGAUGGUGUCACUGUCGUGUUGUAUCACAUCUUCGAAGGCUUCAGCGAGAUCGGAGAGAGUAAUGUUCAGAUUGUCGACAUCGCCAGCGGCUGCUUUUCCUUCAUAUUGGUCGCCCUGGGUGGCACCCUGGUUGGCAUCAUCUGGGGAUUCCUCACUGCUUUUGUCACGAGGUGGACCAAUCACGUUCGUGUGAUUGAGCCAAUUUUCGUGUUCGUGAUGUCGUACUUGGCCUACCUCAACGCUGAAAUUUUCCAUCUCUCCGGUAUCUUGUCAAUCACUUUCUGUGGGAUAACUAUGAAGAAUUACGUGGAGCAGAACGUUUCGAGCAAAUCCCACACUACGAUCAAGUACGCCAUGAAGAUGUUGUCCUCUUCUUCGGAAACUGUGAUUUUCAUGUUUUUGGGAGUGGCCACAAUUGCCAGCGACCACGACUGGAAUACUUGGUUCGUCAUUUUCACCAUCUUAUUCUGCAGCGUCUACAGAAUUCUUGGCGUGUUGAUCCUGAGCGCCGUGUGCAAUCGCGUCCGCGUCAAGAAGAUUGAAUUCGUGGACAAGUUCGUGAUGUCUUAUGGAGGUCUGAGAGGAGCCAUCGCCUUUGCCUUGGUCAUCACUAUCAAUCCUGAACACAUCCCCUACCAGCGCAUGUUCAUGACGGCUACAAUUGCUAUGGUGUACUUCACUGUGUUCAUACAGGGCAUCACCAUCAAACCUCUCGUCCAGAUGCUGGGAGUCAAGAAGGCUGAGAAACGCACAUUAACAAUGAAUGAACGUCUUCACGAAAGGGUAAUGGAUUACUUGAUGGCUGGCAUAGAAGAUGUAGUAGGAAGGCAUGGCAACUUCCACAUUCGAGACAAGUUCAAGAGAUUCAACAACAGCUACUUGACGCCUUUCCUUGUUCGUGAGAAUAAUGUCAUCGAGCCCAAGAUUUUGGAAACACUAGACCAGAUUAAGAUGCAGGAAGCCAUGAAUUACGCUGCCACCAAUGGUGGGUCGCCCAACCAGAUUGAGUCUUUCACAGCUUUGCUUCGAAAUGCGUUGUCUCAAGUGCCGAAGAAACAAGAGGUCGCAGGAGAAUUUAAUCUUGACGUGGGAGAGUUGGAGUACAAUCCUACAGCAAGGGACAUCAAUGACGCCAAAUACCAUCACCUCUUAUCUGAUGAAUAUAAACCAAUGAAAAGGCAUCGUGGCAGCACUUACAAAAGGCACGCUGUCAAGGAUGACGACGUACAGACAUCAAGUGAUGUCAACCAUCAUAAUGUCUACCUUCACACACGCCAGUAUGUCCGCAACAUCAAUAUCAGGAACAGGAAAGCAAGGAAACCAGGUCGUGUUGAUGGUGGCAUUAGUGAAGAGUAUCUGUCUCCUCAGGAGUUCUCUGAGAUCGUUCAGUUUAUAGAUGUGCUGGAGGCCUACAACAAGGCGGAGAAUAACGUCAAGGGAGACAAAAUGCUGUCCACUCCACAAAUGCAGUACCAGAAGAAUGGAAGUGCCAUCAAAUUAAAAAAUGACUACAUGGAGGAAGUGCUUCGUGACAACCCGGCUUUCGAACCAGAUGAAUAUGACUUUGCACCAGGCUACCAGUAUGGUAACAACACAGAUUCAGCAACAGAGAAGCCAGACAAUAGGAAAUCAAAGAAAGGACCAACAGCUGCAGAGACUGCUCUGCCAUGGAAGAGAUAUGUAAAUGAGGAUAUGCCAACGUCUGCUAGAAAAGUUCAACGGCAGCAUAGUUUAGCUGUUGAUGAAGGAGAUGAUAGUAAUACUGCACCAACUAUGGCUGAGAUUCUGCUUCCCUGGAAGAGACCAGAGGAUGAGGAUAUCUGUGACAAACCCUUAAGGCAGUCAGAGUUCCCUGCAUGGGCUUCUAACAAAGAAUAUGUUGGGUACUACUCCCCUUCAAAUACCUUCUUAUGUGGUAUUGGUAUUAAAGAUCAGCCAUAUCCCAACAUACGAGACAUCUUUGCAAAACGCACAAGUAGCAGUUUGUCCCUUGGAUCUAGACGUGGGUCUGUAAAGGAUGGCUUACCAGGAUCGAGGAGGGGAUCCGUCAAGGAUAAUAUCCCUGAUUCAAGACGGUCAUCUUUGAAAGACAGUGUCCCCAGCUCAAGACGAGGGUCCCUAAAAGAAGGCUCUCGAAGUAAUUCCUUGAAAGAAAUACCCAUUUCACCCCUAGCUAGUCCUACACACAAUCAGGACCCAAGUGCCUUACGUCGAAGGUCCUCCUCAGGGGAUAAUUCCCUUUUAAAUACAACAAUAGCUGAGGAGGAUGGGCGUCGAGGGGAAUAUGUUAUAGAUAUGGAUCCACACGGAAGCUCAGAAAAUACUCGUGGCAUUGGCAUUAAAGAUCAUCUCUAUACGAACAUCCGUGACAUCUUAACAAAACACGCAAGUGGCACUUUCUCAGUAGGAUCUAGGCGUGGGUCCACGAAGAAUGGAUUUUCAGGAUUAAGGAGAGGAUCUGAGGGGGAUAUUUGCACAUUUUCGAGACGGUUGUCUUUGAAAGACAGUGUCCUUAGCUCAAGACAAGAGUUUGUAAGAGAAGACUUGCAAAUUAAUUCUCUGGAAGAAAUGCCUGUUUCUCCUAUAGCUAGUCCAGUAUACAAUCAGGAGCAGAAUAUCAUCCGUCGAAGGUCCUCUGUUGGAAUUAGUAAUCUUUUAAAUAUGAUAGCUGAGGAGGACGGACGACGAGAGGAAUACAUUGUACUUGUGGAUUCAUGUGAAAACUCAGAAAACACUUACAUGUGAAAAGAAAUACACUUAGGUUAGGGAUAAGUCUGCUGUACACUAACCUUACUUUCAUUAACUGCAGUGUAAUGAAGUAAUCCUAUGCUUAGGUUAUUCUGGAGUACCCCAAAACCUUAGUUGAACCUUGUAUACUGUAAUUAGCCUACUCUGUGAGAACAAGCAUUAGUUACAAAACCAUAAAGAUUCCGUAGAAGAACAUCACAUUACAUAUAAAGUAAGUUUAAAAACAUUUCACUUCCCUGUAAGGGAAUAAUUCCAUCAGGGCACCCCAUGCAGUGCACUGUAUUUAUUACUUAAUGAAGGUUCUUGGCAGCAUGCCUUCGGUCCGUAGCUGCAACCCCUUUCAUUUCUUUUACUGUACCUCCUUUCAUAUUCUCUUUCAUCUAUCUUAUUUUCCACCCUCUCCUAACAAUUGAUUCUCAGUGGAACUGUAGGGUUUUCCUCCUGUUACACCUUUCAAAUCUUUAGUGUCAAUUUACAUUUUACCACUGUAUAACCUCAUAGGUCCCAGUGCUUGGUCUUUUAUCCUAAAUUCUAUAUUCAACUGAAGUGAAGUGUGUGUGUAGCAUCCCUUAGUCCCUAGCUACAUCACUUUUAGCCUGUUCCUCUACUUCCAUUCCCACUAACUUUCUAGCAUCUUGCUGCUGUCUUUGUUGCUGAAUGGCUGGAACUAGUAUAACAAAACAAAAAGAUUUUGUUGAUUUGAAAAUAUGGAUUUGAGAAGAACAGAGUGAGAAAGAUGAUACAUAAAGGAAAUUACAAGAGUUCGGUUUCUGGAUGAGAUCAUGAUGAAAGGGAGAUGGAGAUGGCUUAUGCAUGUGCAACCCCUGGGAGAAUAGUAUGUGAUAGCAUCAUCUGGGCUCCUGUGGUCACCAGAAGAAUUAAAAAGAUCCAACCCUACUCAUAUAAGAACUAUGAGAAGGGAAGCCAAGGAUUCGUAAAAGACAAAGCACAGAUAUGAUAUUGUCUAUGAUGGUUCUGUUUUUCUUAAUACCUUUUCUCUUGAUACAUGAUGCCCUCUAUUAAACAAGUUUUCUAAAUCUUGUGUUGUUUUGUUAAUUAAAACAGCAUUAUUAGCAUAUUUUAAGUAUCCUCCGUUGGGGGUGUAAUGCUGUCAGCCACCACCUGUGGUGCAUUGUAGACAUUACUUACGGUUCUCUGUAGCAUGCCUUCGGCCCCUAUCUGCAAUCCCUUGCUUUCCUUUUACUAUACUUCCAUUCAUAUUCUCUUUCUUCCAUUGUACUUUCCACCCUCUCCUCACAUUGAUUCAUAGUGGAACUAAGAGGUUUUCCCCUGAUACACCUUUUAAACCUUUUUACUGUCAAUUUCCCUCUCAGCCCUGAAUGACAUAGGUCCCAGUGGCUGAGUGACAUAGGUCCCAGUGGCUGAGUGACAUAGGUCCCAGUGGCUGAGUGACAUAGGUCCCAGUGGCUGAGUGACAUAGGUCCCAGUGCAGAGUGACAUAGGUCCCAGUGGCUGAGUGACAUAGGUCCCAGUGGCUGAGUGACAUAGGUCCCAGUGGCUGAGUGACAUAGGUCCCAGUGGCUGAGUGACAUAGGUCCCAGUGGCUGAAUGACAUAGGUCCCAGUGGCUGAAUGACAUAGGUCCCAGUGCUUUGCUUCCACCUCGGUGGUCGCGGGUUCGAUUCUCGGCCAUUGAGGUCGACGUAGUUCGGAAGUCACGUAAAGCCGUUGGUUUCGUUGCUGAAUAAACACUGGCUCCUUGCAAUGUAAAAGCACCAUACAAACAAACAAACCAGUGCUUGGCCUUCGAUCUAAAUUCUAUAUUGUGUGUGUGUGUGUGUGUUUACUCCAGAGCAGUAGGCCAGUAAUUAAAGUAGCAAAUCUGUUAUAAUGAUUUUGAUAUACGUAUACCUACAUAUUGUAUAUAUGUUUAUAUAUUACAGCAUGUGUGUAUUACAGUGUACACUGUAUACAUAUGGUAUAUACUUUAAUAUAGCUACGUAUGUAUGUAAAAAUAAGAAUUAAGAUGCAAUGUUAAUGUUAAUGAGGUCUUGUCAAAUGAAAUUGCUGAUGGGGUGUGCCAAGAUGUUAUUUCACCUUUUUCCUUUGUCAUUCACAUAUACUUUAAAAUAGUAAAGGUGCUUGGAAAUUU